AUGUCAGCUCCGGCCCCCAAUCCCGUCGUGGCGCCUGAUCAUGUUCACGCGCUGCUCAAUCGUCUUCACGAGGAGUCCCUCACCCAAGAAGCAGCGCUCCCGUCCACGUAUUUGAGCAACCCCGAUGGAUUUGAUGACUUGAUGAGAGACAAAUUCAUUGCUCUAGAUCAGGAUAAGUGUCAAUUUGUCUAUCAGCUUGCCAGAGCAAUUGGGGCUCGCAACAUUGCUGAGAUCGUGGGAAGCAAUCUAGACCGCUUCGGUGGCGAGGGUAAAGUCAUUGCCACAGAAAAAGAGAACACAAAAGCCGAGAAGGCUCGUCAACACUGGAAGGAAGCCGGUGACGAUCUGGUGACGCGCCAUAUCGAUUUGAGAGAAGGAGAUCUUCUCGAGACGUUAAAGAGUAAUGUUCCGCAGCUUGAUCUAGUCCUCAUUGACAUCUGGGCUCCUGUCGCCCUACCUGCACUGAAGCUGCUGGAACCGAGGCUCAGGCCUGGAGCUGUUGUCAUCAUCGACAAUUCAAUUAGUUCUGCCACUAGAUACAAGGAGCUAUUAGGCCACCUGAGGUCUCCAACAAAUGGAUAUACAAAUCUGACGCUCCCGUACUCCAACGGUUUGGAGUUGUGCGUCAAGAUCUAA